AUGCUAGGCCAAGAUCAAAAGAACGCUGCAGCUGCAGUGGCUGGAAACCUCAAUGCACAAGGCCAAGCACAUGUUCAGCAUGCUGAGCAUCAACAGCAACAUCAGCAGCAGCAUCUACCCCAUAUGAUGGGUGCGGGAAUCGAUCGCACUAAUUCGCCGCACGGUUCAGAGAGUUCCCAUUACUCUGGCCCGCGUGGUGGUGGUGCUUUGGAAGCUCUGAACGGCAUGGGUAACGCCCGACCCUAUGGCUCGCCUGCUUCUAUGCAUGCAAUGCCCAUGACCGACCCCAACAUGCCGCCUGGUAUGAUGAUUCCUGGCAUGCCACCGAUGGCCCCCACUAGUCACGGUAUGCCUGUUCAGUACCCCCCUAAUCCGAAGGUGGAACAACAGCCACCGCCAAAGGCGUAUCCAUGCAGUACGUGUGGCAAGGGCUUUGCACGACGCAGUGAUCUGGCAAGACAUGAGCGCAUUCACAGUGGCGUCAGACCUCAUGUUUGCGAUUGGGCCAACUGUGGCAAGCAGUUCAUUCAAAGAUCUGCACUGACGGUUCACCAACGCGUUCACACAGGCGAGAAGCCUCAUAUGUGUGAGAGAUGUGGCAAGCCCUUCAGUGAUUCAAGCUCACUGGCAAGACACCGUCGUAUUCAUUCAGGGAAACGGCCGUACAAAUGUCCCUACGCCGAUUGCCAGAAGACAUUCACUCGGCGCACUACAUUGACCCGACACCAGAACCAUCACACAGGCACAGUGGAGGAGGCGGCUGAAGCGACAAGGGUGGCCCUGGCCGCCGCACAGGCCAGCAAGCAUGCCUCCCGCCAAUCGCGCAGCGACGGUGAUCCGAUGUCAAACCAUGCUUCGCCGAUGAACACACCCUCUCCAGCACAGCGCAACAUGUCCAUCUCUCCCAACACUGACCUUGCUUCUUCGACUGCCGCUGCCAAUGCUAUGCGCCAAAAUGAGUAUUCGUACUUGAACAACAACGGUUCUCUUCCGGCACACCUCCGCACAGAUAUGCACCCGCAAAACCCUACAUCGGCCCCUGCCUAUGGCAACAGCAUGCGUCCUACUUCCCACCCCACAAGCUAUCCUCCACCGCCCACUCUGGAGCCCAAUGUUGAAACGCAACAGUCAGGACCAGGUAGCGCUGGCGGCAGUCAUAUGGGCAGUGUUGGAUGGGCAUCACCUUCGCCGCAUGUGGCUUCGCCAACUCACAGCAACAACGGAAAUGGAUAUGUCUACCCCGACCCCACUGAGCAGUCGUUCGCUCCUAGUAUGGGCCAACUCUACUAUGGAAACGCCCCUGGUACCAUCCGCCGUCCUCAGAGCAUAGAGCCUGGAUCCAACUCAUACGAUAACAAGGCUCGGCCAGGCGAUAUGUGGGCGUCGGGUCCAGCUUAG